GGUGAGUUGAGGGCAGCAGCUGGGAGGAGAGUCCGGGAGCAAGUCGGGCUGUUCGGUUCCCUCCACGGCCUGGAAGCAGAGAAGCAACUGGGAUGAAGCAGGAGAGGGGUGGGUGCUAACUUCCUACACCAUCUCAACAGAUGAGCAAUCAUCAAAUUAAUCAGAUUCCUGAUUAACAAUAGCACAGAAGGUUUGACUGUAACCAUUUUGAGUUGUUUAUCAGGCUUGAAAGCAUGGAUUAUCUCCAUAUUGUAGACAAAGAGGAAGGCAAUGAAGAGUAUUCCGGAUAACUGAGGAUAACAAGCAACAUUGAACAGCAAAGCAAGUCAGUCCAGAAAUCAAAAUAUUUUCCAUUUCCUUCAGAGACCUAUACAAUUCUUCACCUCCCUCAGCAAAGUGAGAGAGAAACGAGAGAAAAUCAGGAAGAGAUUUUUAGCUGGGAAAAGUAGAGUUCAAAAGUAGAAUUCAAGCAUACAUUACAUGAAAAGUCAAGGGAGAUUAUUUUUCCAUUGAGCAAAAGAGGGAAAUAUCUGGAAGUCAGUGGUGAGGAAAAGGUCAAUUGGAAAGCCAUGUACAGCAGUCAGUGUUGCAGGCCUCACUCUGGGAGGAAGAAAACGGCUUGAAUCAAAGCACUGCUAAACAAGGGAUCAUCCAUAUUUUUGUCCUGCUCAGGAAUAUGAGUUGUGGAAAAGCUCCAUAGACGUUCCUGUUGUGGGAAAGAUACAACUUGCAAAUCACAGCUGAUUAUGCCUGAGAGGAUCCAAACUGAAGGAAAUCUUUAUAUAUACUCUGAAUGUGGCAAAAAUUUUGAUCAGAACACCUCCAUUGUGGUUCAUGGAAGGACCCACACAGGAGAGAAGCACUACAAGUGUUCCCAAUGCAGUAAAUGCUUUAGCAAGCAUGGCAACAUGGACUCAUACCAAGGAGAAACCCUUUGAAUGUCCUGAUUGUGAGAAAUGUUUCUGUGAUAAUCCCAGCCUGGUGAUACACCAGAGGAUUCACACAGGUGAGGAACCCUUUAAAUGUCCUGACUCUGGGAAUAGUUUCAGUCAAAAUUCUCACCUCGUUUCACACCAGAGGACUUACACAGACGAGAAACCGUUUGAAUGUCCUGACUGCAGGAAAAGUUUCAGUCAGCGUUCCAGCCUACUUACACACCAGAGGAGUCACAGAGGAGAGAGACCGUUUCAAUGUCCUGAUUGUGGGAAAACUUUCAGUUGGAAUUCCAGCCUGGUGAGACACCAGUGGACUCACACAGGAGAAAAACCCUUUCAAUGUCCUGAUUGUGGGAAAAGUUUCAGUCGGAAGUCCAACCUGGUGACACACCAAAGGAUUCACACAGGAGAAAAACCCUUUGAAUGUCCUGAUUGUGGGAAAAGUUUCAGUCAGAGUUCCAGCCUGGUGACACACCAGCGAACUCACACAGGAGAGAAACCAUAUGAGUGUCCAGACUGUGGGAAAGAUUUCACUAUUAGGACUAGCCUCCUAAAUCAUAUGCUUAUACACACAGGGGAGAAACCAUUUGAGUGUCCCGAGUGUGGAUGGUGUUUCAGGAAACAUUCCACCCUUAUUGCACAUAAGAAAAUCCACAAUAGAGGCCUGAAGUAUAUUGUAAAUUGGUGUGGAAAAUACUUUAGCGAGCACGGCAAUGUGAUGAUACAUCAGAGGACUCACACAGGAGAGAAACUGUUUGAAUGUCCUGUUUGUGGGAAAAAUUUCAGUAGAAAUUCCAACCUCAUUAGUCACCAGAGGAUUCAUACUGGCGAGAAACCCUGUAAAUGUCUUGAGUGUGGGAAUAGUUUCAGUCGGAAUUCUCACCUCAUUGCACACCAGAGAACUCACACAGGAGAGAAACCGUUUGAAUGUCCUGUUUGUGGGAAAAGUUUCAGUAAGAAUUCCAGCCUUGUAAUACACCAGAGAACUCACACAGGCGAGAAACCCUUUGAAUGUCCUGAUUGUGAGAAAAAUUUCAGUACCAAUUCCAGCCUGGUUAGACACCAGAGGAUUCACACAGGAGAGAAACCUUUUCAGUGUCCUGAUUGUCAGAAAAGUUUCAGUACCAAUUCUAGCCUGGUGAUACACCAGAGGACUCACACAGGAGAGAAACCCUUUGAAUGUCCUGAUUGUGGUAAAAGUUUUAGUAACAAUUCCAACCUGGUGACACACCAGAGGAGCCAUACAGGAGAGAAACCAUUUGAAUGUGGUGAUUGUGGGAAAAGUUUCAUUAGAAAUUCCUACCUCAUUGGCCACCAGAGGAUUCACACAGGAGAGAAACCCUUUGAAUGUCCUUAUUGUGAGAAAGGUUUCAGUACCAAUUCCAGCCUGGUGAUACACCAGAGGACUCACACAGGUGAGAAACCCUUUGAAUGCCCUUAUUGUGAGAAAGGUUUCAGUACCAAUUCCAGCCUGGUGAUACACCAGAGGACUCACACAGGAGAGAAACCCUUUGAAUGUCCCGAUUGUGGUAAAAGUUUCAGUAAGAAUUCCAGCCUGGUGAUACACCAGAGGACUCACACAGGAGAGAAACCCUUUGAAUGUUCUGAUUGUGGGAAAAGUUUCAUUAUAAAUUCUAGCCUCAUUAGCCACCAGAGGAUUCACACAGGAGAGAAACCCUUUGAAUGUUCUGAUUGUGGAAAACGUUUUUCUCAGAGUUCCCUGCUCCUGAGACACCAGAGGACUCACACAAGAGAGAAACCCUUUAAAUGUCCUGAUUGUGGCAAAAGUUUCAGUCAGAAUUCCUACCUGAUGACACACAGAAGGAAUCACAGAGAAGAGAAACCGUUUGAAUGUGGUGAUUGCGGGAAAAGUUUCAUUAGAAAUUCCUACCUCAUAUGCCAUCAGAGGAUUCAUACAGGAGAGAAACCCUUUGAAUGUCCUGAUUGUGGGAAAAGUUUCAUUCAAAAUUCUCAUCUCGUUUCACACCAGAGCACUCAUACAGGAGAGAAACCGUUUGAAUGUCCUGAUUGUGGGAAAAGUUUCAGUCAGAAUUCAGAUCUCAUGAGACACCAGAGGAUUCACACAGGAGAGAAACCCUUUAAAUGUCCUGAUUGUGAGAAAAGUUUCAAUCAGAAUUCAGACCUCAUGAGACACCAGGGGGUUCACACAGGAAAGAAAUCCUUUGAAUGUCCUGAUUGUGAGAAAAGUUUCAGUAACAAUUCCAGACUGGUGAAACACCAGAGGGUUCACACAGGAGAGAAACCCUUUGAAUGUCCUUAUUGUGGGAAAAGUUUUAGUCAGAGUUCCCACCUUGUGAGACAUCAGAGGACUCACACAGGAGAGAAACCUUAUGAGUGUCCAGACUGUGGGAAAGAUCUCAGUAGUAGGUCUAACCUUAUAAAUCAUGUGCUUAUACACACAGGAGAAACCAUUCGAGUGCCCUGUGUGUGAUCGGUGCUUCAGGAAAUAUUCCACCCUUAUUGCACACAAGAAAAUCCACAUGCAGCCCAAAGUGAUGAGUAUAGAGAAGGCCUGAAUUUCAUUUCUAAAGUCCCUUUGUAAGUCCAGCUGAGAAACUGACUAAUUCAAUUACAAAGAAUUUGCCUGAUUUUUUGUAGGGAAAUACGUUGUGGUAUUAGAUGGGAAGGAGGAAAGAUAGUGGCCAUCUGGCCUUAAGGAUAAGAAGUUGCUGAAUAUUUAUUUUUGCAGAAAUUGUGCAAUUAUGUAAAAAUCUUUUUGGGAGUGGUCUUUGUAUUUUUACCAUGGGAGAUGAUAGAAAUGCCACCUACAGAGUCCCAGCCUUUUUCUCCCUGGGUGCCUCCGAGAUUUUCGGCCCCAGAAUUCCCCAGCUAGCACCUCUUGGGGAUUGGAGCACUCGGAUUAUAGUUAAUUGAUUGUGGCUCCUCAUAUAAGGAGAAAGCGAGAGGAGAAGUAGAGGGGUUUCAACCUUCAUUUUUUCCUAACAGCUCCAGGAAUUCACUGCACCAAGCAUGUCUCUUCAGAUUGUGUCAAGAAUGAGGCACUCAAGUGGAAGAAACCAUAUGAAUAGCAAAUAUUUCGGGGGACUUUGGGGCAGUGACAAAAGCGGUGUAAAAUUUCAGAAGUAAAGGCUGUUCUGCCCUGCAGGUGACUUCAUGGAGAAGAGCUGUAGGAAUAUUGAGGAGAAAAAAGUAUUGUGGUUUUGUGCACAUGACCUCGUGGUUUAUUCGCAACUCCUGCUGCAAUAUCCUUUGCUUAGAGAUGCGUCCUUGUUAGCCUUUGACGGCUGAGGAGUGAGAGCAGCACCAAGAGACUGAUACUUUUAUGGUCCCUACCCCACUUGGUGGGGAGAUGUGAGAAAAAAAAUUGUACACAAUUCAAAAAAAACCGGAGACAAUUUUUUUAGUAGGUCACGUUGCACGUGAUCUCUUUGAGGACUGGUGUGUGGUGGAUCCAAGGGGCUCUUUCGGCCCGAGUCUUAAGCUCCUACUUUGAAUUUAAACGUGUGAAAUUUCUAAACUUUAAAAUAGUAAAUUUAUAUUUAAUCAAUUUUCCUUUCUUUCCUUGGUGUCAUGUUAAUACACGUGCUUUUUUUAAUUUUUAUUUUUAAAAUAACUUUUAUUCAGCAUUUACAUCUUUAAAAUCGUUGUUACAUUUUUACAGCUUUCCGAUACCGGCAUCUUUGGUAAUAUCUAUUUUAUCUUUUAAUCAACUAU